GACAUAGCACCUUAAAUGUCGUGUUGACUCGGAGAUCCUCAUUCAUCCUGCUCAGUCUAUUGCUUGGAAGCACUUUGAUGUCGUUCAUCCUUCAUUUGCAUCUGAUCCGUGAAAUGUUCGUCUUGGUCUUGCAACAGAUGGGUUUAACCCGUGGGGUCAUUCUUCGAGGUCAUAUUCCUGUUGGCCUAUUUUCAUUGUUGUUUACAAUCUUCCUCCUGAGAUGUGCAUGCGACCUGAGUUUACAUUCCUUACACUUGUUAUUUCUGGACCAAAAAGUCCAAGCAAAAACAUUGAUGUUUUCCUCCAUCCACUUAUUGAUGACCUGAAGCGGUUAUGGUCGUCGGGGAUAGAAACAUUUGACAGCUUUCGUAAACAGAACUUCACAAUACGAGCCAUGCUUAUGUGGACCAUAACAGAUUUCCCCCGCUAUGGUAUGGUUUCUGGAUGGAGUACGCAUGGUCGUCUGUCUUGUCCAUAUUGCAUGGAAAUGACUCGUGCUUUUUACUUGCAGUAUGGUUGCAAGAUUUGCUUCUUUGAUUGUCAUCGGCAGUUUCUUCCUACAUCACACUCGUACAGAAUGGAUGCAUCUCAAUUCCUUAAGGGCCACCUAGAAUUUGACCCCCCUCCUCCACGAUUAGAUGGUCAUUCUGUUCGACUUCGAGUUGCUGCACUACCUGAUGUUUUAUUUGGAAAUCCAUCAGUAAACCAAAAAAUUCUCAAGUUUGGUGAAACACACAAUUGGGUCAAACAAAGUAUCUUCUGGGAACUCUCAUACUGGGGGGAUAACCUGAUCAGACAAAAUCUUGAUGUCAUGCACUAUCUUGAAACAAGUAGGAGUAAGCCCCCAAGGAACUUUGCAGCAGUUCCAUUUUAUAAGAACAUAGAAUUCUCGAUAUUUGCGUGCCCUGGUCAUCCAAUGGGUUCACAUUCACAGACACGUUGUCUAACCACUCAAGAGAUGAAGGCAGCUGAACUUUAUGUCCUACUAAACUGUAGGGAAGUUGAUGCACUUCUUAGGGGAACACGCAUUAACCAAGUUUACAACAUUGAUGAGGUUAACUCACGAUAUCAAUUGUCAACCAGCGAGCCAUUUUGCUUUGCGUGUCAAGCAACGCAAGUGUAUUACAGUAGUUACCCAUCAGAUAAUCGAGCAACUCGUGGAUGGUUCGCCGCAUGCAAAAUACGUGCUAGACAUUUGGUCGACGCUUCUUCAACCUCACUUGAUAUGGAAGAAAUAUUCCAAGAUGAGGAGCCACCAUCCGUACAAUCGAAUGAGCAUAGUUCCAAUUUGGCAUCUACAGAACGCGUGAAUCUGCAUGCAGAAGGAGCAACAAUGGUUGACUUAAAUGGAGAUGCAAAUGAUGAUCUUGAUGAAAAUACAAGUGAAGGAAAUGAAAGAUAUGAAACAAGAGGCGAUGUUGGUGACGAUAGUAGUGGGCCCAUCAACUCCGCGCGUAGUCGCAGCACAUUAGGGAGACGAAAACGUCACAACUCUGUAGAUCUUGCAUGUGACGUUACCCUACGCAUCCAUACUCGGUCUAUUAGUCCACAAGGUUCUAUUCAUGCAGCAGCCUCAUCCCAUAAUGGGAAGCAGAAGGGAAGAGGUCUAAACAAACCAAAAAAGGCUGCAAGAAGACCAGAUGAAAGACCAUUUAUACAAAUUUCGCAUAAAGGCACCUUCUUGGAUGUUGAAGUCCCCAGAUUGAUUACGACCCUAUGGAAGAGAGUUUAUGAGGGUGAUUACUUCACCUAUGACUUGUUCCCAGAACAGAAAAGGCUGCAAGUGUGGCAGUUGUUUAAGACACAUUAUCAAUGGGGUUUAGAGGAUGAGGAUGCAGUCCGAAAGGCAUUCUUAAGAUCAAUGAAGAAAGGAUGGGGUGAUAAUAUGAAGGAUGAACGAAAUAAGUGGCGUACAAACGUGAGAGUGGGAAGAAAAACCGAACAUCUGGGGAACGAGUUACACACACUACAAGAUCUGAUACAUAUGUCAUUGAGUGCUCUACUACAUAUGGCUCAAACUCAGCAUCAUGGCCACCUCGAGACAAGGACGCUUGGGCAACUGCUGUUGGGGGAUGCCACAACAAUUUCAUGCCAAGAAUUGGUUCAUAGGGAGGCAAUGCAAAUGAUGCGAGAUGAAAUAGGGCAAGUCAAAGAGCAACGAGAAACAAUGCAACGGAUACUAGAAGACAUGGGGAGGAUGCAGGCAUCUCUAUCGCAGCAAUUUGCUGCUUUUAGUGCCUACGGGAUGCGCCCGCCUAAUGCUACCCCAUCAUUGCCUCACACUGGGCAAGCAUUUCCUCUUGUAGGGACAUCAUUCCCUACUGCUGGGCCAUCGUUUCAUGCUAGUGAGCCAUCAUUUCCUCAUGCAAUGCCAAUGCAAAUGCCAAUAGAACCUUCAUUCCCCAUGGACCAAAUGGGGAGACAAUCAGGAUCUCCAAGUACAUCUUCAACCAAUCCCCCACAAGAUGAUUAUGGUUACCAACCAAGAUUUGAUGUAGAUUACCAAGGUCCAUUUGGGCCGAGAUGAUCAAUAUACAUGAGGUUGCGAA